AUGUAAGAAAGUGUCAUAGUAUGUCCUUACUGUAAAAAUUAAGCUUUUUUUGAUCCAAGUUCAUCAUCAAAUUUUUGUAAAUCAAAGCAAUGCAAAGGAGUUGUUAUUGAAUAAGGAAAAAUUACAUAUGAAAAUGAGGUUAAUUUACAUGAAGCUGAUGAGCCUGGAAAAGAGUAAACUAGAUUUGGAGGAUAUGAAAAUAUAAUAGAAGACUUUAAAAGUUAAAUCUGUGAAAUGCUAGGAAAAAAUGAUUCUAAUUAGAGAAAACAAUUUUAUGAGUAAUUUGAAGAAGGAGAGAAAUUAAUAAAACAAUUUUCAACUAUUUUUUAAAUGAAUGAAGCAUUUACAAAUGAUGCUAUUUCUAAAUAUAGAACUUUAAUGUUUGAUUUUGUAAAUGAAGUAUCAUAGCAAUUAUAUAUUAUAGAUUGCCAAUAAAAGCUUUUUAGCUUUAGCUGUAUUAGCUUAUCAUUUAAUCAUAUCAGAAAGAAAAAAUCAAUAAAAUCAUGAUUAAAGAAUAGAUAAGAUCACCCAGAAAUAAUGUUGGAAUAUUGUACUUUUACAUCCUAAUAAUUAGAUUCAGUUUCUAAGGCUGUAAAAAUAAAAGUAUUAAAUAAUUAAAUAUUUUAAUAGAAUUAAGUUGACCCAUAAAAACAAAAUAUUUGUCAUUAAAUUUUACAAAGGAUUAAAGAACAUAAAUUACCAUUUAAUGAAUAUGAAAUAAAUUUAAUAUGUUGUUUUUGUUUUUGCUAAAUCUCUUAAAUAUUAUUAUUAUUUUUUAUAGUAGAUCUUCAACAAAACUAUCUAAAUAUAUCUUAAUUAUUCAUCUUUAUCCCAAUCUAAUCUCUUAAAUAGAUAUGUAGCUUCAAAUUAAGAAUGA